AAAAUGUUUUCUCAAAGAUGAGAAAUUGUUCUCGUCGGGAGUUGCUUUGAUGAGAGUUUCAAAUUUCAGACAUGAAGUAAAGUAAACACCAAACACUUCAAAUGGACAACAUGGUCGACAUCGAGGAAGUUGAAAAUUCGUCUGAUUCGGCCAAAAGGCUUGGUCCUUGUGAAGUUUGCGCCUCCAGUGAGGCAAAAUACACGUGUCCAAGAUGUGAGGUUAAGACUUGCUGUUUAGCCUGUGUAAAUAUUCACAAGAAAGAGCUCGAGUGUGAUGGUUCAAGGAACAAAAUAUUUUACAAGCGAAAAUCAAAGUUUAAUAACUUAGACCUUUUGAGUGAUUACCGACUCCUGGAAGAUUUCACCCGUUCUGUCCAAGAAAUCCAAAACAAUCCGCUGAAGAGAGUUUCAAGAUUUCUGCCAGGGCACCUUCAUUCAUUGGGCAAAGCUUCCAGAGACAGAGGGAUUCGUCUUCACUUCUUACCCAGAAAUUUCAAGAGAGCGAAGGAAAAUACAUCAAGAGUUAUCCCUGGUAAUCCUACUCGUACUGUAUUCUGGUGCAUUGAAUGGCUAUUUCCCCAGGCUGGAGUACGCAUUGUCAGUGAAAAGGUAAUAGAAACGUGUCGUCUAGCUGAAGCACUAAGUCCACUGCUUAAUCCAGAAAGUGAGAAAGUCAAAGAUCAUCAAGAACAGUUACAGUAUUAUUUUGCAGCUGGCAUGAGUGGUGUUCAUGCUUUGUUAAGGGUUGGGGAGAUGGAACGGAACAGAUACCAUAUUCUUGAUUUAGACAUGACAAUCAGAGGAAACUUGAUGAAGAAAAGUAUCGUUGAAUUCCCAACUAUUUUAAUUGUCUUGAAGGACCACAAGUAUUCAUAUGAUAUUUAUGAUUCAGAUGGAGAAACAGAGCAAUGGAAAGGGAAUUGGGAAGCAAGUAAUGCCAAUACCAAUGCCCAUCCGGGCAAUCCUAGUACAUCAGGUUCUUCGUCUUUAGCAAGGAAACAAAAAAAUCCUGCUAACAGAAAUAACUUUCUCUUUGGUGGUAGUGAUGGUUCCUCUGAUGAAGAACACUAAGCAAAGUGCCAAAACAAUGUCUAAUUGCAGAAUUUUGAGUUGCGGUGAAAUUUGACAGCAGAGUUUGCAUUGUGUUUUUCUGUACAUACAGUUUUUCCCUUAAGUUUUUGUACUUGUUCAUAUACUUAAUAAACUAUGAAAAUAUUUCAAA